CUCUUCCACAACGGCAUCCAUGUAAGAGUUGUGGAGCCGGUUAGUGAAUAGUGUGUGAGCAUACUCCAGCACGGAAAGAUCUAUAGACACACCAUGGCGAGUCAGAGCAGUCAGGAUGGCGAGAGGCAGGGCAUCUGUCAAUGGGCCUUGGGACAUGUGGCCAUGGUGACAGGUGCAGGGCAGCGAGUGGGAAAGGCUAUUGCUGCCAGCCUCCACAAGAGAGGUUACACAGUUGCCAUCCACUACAAUGAAUCAAAGGACGAAGCUAUUUCAUUCAUGGCAGAAUUAAACAGCAUCCGCAAGAACAGCGCUUAUGCGUUCCAUGCAGACCUGUCAAGCAAUGUGAGAGAGAGAGCUGGUCAGCUGUUGGCUGAGGUGGUAGAGAAGUGGGGAAGACUUGACCUCCUAGUGAACAGUGCUGCCAUCUACUAUGCAACACCAAUUGCAGAGACAACAGAGGAACAAUGGGAUAAACUGUUGGAUCUAAAUGCAAAAGCUCCAUAUUUCAUGAUUCAGAGCUGGAUCUCAAAAACUCCCCUCGGAAGGGGAAGGAAUGGAGAGGAGAUGGGUGACGCUGUGGCAUUCUUGGCCUCACCCUCAGCUGCUUUUAUGACUGGAACUGGCAUAUCUCCCUCUGGUGGUCGCACUAUUGCUCUGUAAACAUUAAUACACUGCCUCCACACUCUGUAGCUGUCGAAGCUACAUAAAUUGUCUAUUUGUCUUCCACCUGUUACAGUGUAUUAAAUCAUUUUUACUAAUUUCUUUUCCUUCAUCAUUAGUAUAUAAUCAUGGCAAAUAAACUGAAGAAAUGUAGUGUUUUAAAUAAAAUAUCAUGGUUCUGAGCGUCAUGACAUAAUCUUUUAAUCUGAAUAUUGCACCUGAUUAUUGGAGAUCCUAUAUACUUCCAAAAGACAUAGUAGGCCACAGUAUCUUCAUGAGGAAUAAAGAAAUAAACAAAUUGUGCAU